CAGGUGGAGGUUUGCUGCUCAGACAAUGGCUCUCUCCUGGAGUCUACUCCUGGCGUUCUUGUUUGCCACCCUGACACUGUCCCACAGCGCUGAGCCUGGAUCUCCUCACGGCAAGAGGAGACAGACCUCAGCAGGUGGCAGCAACGCCCUGCAGCACCCUCUGCAAGGUCUACAGGGCCACCGUUACAGCAGGGACCGUGGAGGGCACAGGGGCCGGGGGGCCAGCGCGGCCAAAGGUGGAGCAGGGCUGCUGUCACAUAGGCCCCUGCACCCGCUGGCCAGGCCUGAGGACGAUGAGACGGGCCUGGAGAGUUUGAGCCCGGUGAGGCUGGAGAUGGGCCCGGGCAGGGACAGAGACAGAGCUCGAAUGAGUAUGAAGAGUCCGUCCCAGACCAGGGAAAACCAGCUUCUGGGGACACGCAAAGGAAGGGGGCAUGGACACGGGAAUGGGCAUGGACACCAUUUUGAGCACAGGAGACAAGGGAGUCGUCGUGACAAGGAACGGCAUGGAAAAGGGUUUCUUCCAGAUCCUGAGUUGAGCUCUGCGUUCAGGGACAGAGAUCUGUUCGAGGAUCCUCCCUUCUCCUCCUCCUCCUCUGCCGCCUCCCCCUCCCUCAGCCUGACCCCACCCAGUGAGUCCCCCUCCCCCAUCGUCGCCGUCUUUGGCUCUGGCUCCUCCAUGGUUACCACGGUGAUGAACGAGCAUCCCCCAACGCUGCCGCCGGCCUCCACCAAACCCCAGAGGACUGGAAAAGGAAAAGGACAAGGAGAGGUGAUGCCAACGUUGGACAUGGCGCUUUUUGAUUGGACCGACUACGAGGACAUGAAACCUGUGGACACCUGGCCGUCCUCCAGGAAGAAAGACAAGAGGCGGAGUAAGAACCUCAGCAGUGGAAAUGUGACUGUAGACGCUGACGCCAUCGAGCCAUGUGACCACCACCUGGACUGUCUCCCAGGUUCUUGUUGUGACUUGAGACAACACGAGUGUAAAACUCACAACAGAGGCCUCAACAACAAAUGCUACGAUGACUGCAUGUGUGAGGAAGGGUACCGUUGUUACGCUAAAUUCCACCGGAAGCGUCGCGUGACCAGGAGGAGGGGUCGCUGUGUGGUGCCAGAGUCAGUCAACAGUGACCAAGGAGGCUUCAUCACCAUCUGAGGAAGAGGACCUGGAGGACAAGAUGGAGGAGGAGUGGGGAAAGGUCCCCAUGACUACUCUGGCAGAACAGCCAAGACAUCACAUGACACCGCUAACAUGCAGCUAAGUGCUAAAAGGUGACGUCUUGCUGGUUUUUUAAACGGAUUCCACAAUGAAAAACAACAACAUGGCCGCCGCAUCUGGUCAGUUCAAACAAAAUAACAGGUGACUCGACUGGAUUUACUUUUUGACUGUUGCAUUGUGGGAUGAGCCAGCAAAUCACCAUCUUUUAAGCACUUAUUUACUUAUCGAUACAUCAGUUUUCAUUCAGUUUUGGUCACUACAGCAUCAUUACAGACGCGUAUGUACAUGUCUUUAAAGAAGGCUUUUUAAAGCUCACUCAGUCCACAAUGACAAAUGUUUUUUUAUGUUUUGAAUUGUUGUAAAAGAUUCACUUGGCUGGCAAAUCUGUAAACUUGUCAUACCUUAUGUGUUAAUACUCACCACAGUAAGGGUGACUGUUGGUUUGGUUUUAGAAUAAAAGCACAUUUUAUUUUGUUUUGGGAAACCUUUUUUCAAAUGUCUCUCACAGUUUUUCCUGCACCUGAUUGUCUCUGUCCUCCUGAUCUAAGUCCAACAAUGUUUACACUUCAUUUUUAGUGUUGCAUUGAUGCUUGGAGUCCCAAAUAUUUUGGCAUUUAUUGGUUCAGAAUCCUUCAAAUGGAGCCAGAUAAGCUGUCGCUCACAGAAAUUAUUCUAAAAUGAGAUUAAAAUAGUUUCUGUGUGAGCUCUUUGCUACAUUUUGCUUUUAAAAAUGAUUUGUAAAUGUGAUUUGAACCCAACCUGCUGUUCUGCAUUGUAAAUAUGAAUGUGUUUGAAUUGCCAACGCUUUUUUGUUAACUUGACGCCACUUCUCUUCAAAUGUACGUAACUGUAGACUGAUAAACAAAGAUGCUUGUUUGACCUUCCUUUUACAUGUCUUAAUAUAUGUUUUAUUUAUACUGUGCUUGAGCAAAUUUUGUCCAG